GCGGAGCGAGGGGAUCGCGGCUCCCCGUGAAGAAUGUCAGCCACUAGCGUCGAUCAGAGACCUAAAGGACAGGGAAAUAAAGUUUCAGUACAAAACGGUUCGAUUCAUCAAAAGGAUGCAGUUAAUGAUGAUGACUUUGAGCCAUAUCUAAGUAGCCAGACAAAUCAGAGUAACAGCUAUCCACCAAUGUCAGACCCAUACAUGCCUAGUUAUUAUGCUCCAUCCAUUGGAUUUCCAUAUUCUCUAAGUGAAGCAGCAUGGUCCACUGCAGGUGACCCUCCAAUGCCAUACUUGACAGCCUAUGGACAGAUGAGCAAUGGUGAACAUCACUAUAUACCUGAUGGUGUGUUUAGUCAACCUGGGGCUUUAGGAAAUACCCCUCCAUUCCUUGGUCAACAUGGAUUUAAUUUUUUUCCUGGGAAUGCAGAUUUCUCUACAUGGGGGACAAGUGGAUCUCAGGGACAAUCAACACAAAGCUCUGCUUAUAGCAGCAGCUAUGGCUAUCCACCUAGCUCUCUUGGUAGAGCCAUAGCAGAUGGACAGGCGGGAUUUGGCAAUGAUACUUUGAGCAAGGUGCCUGGGAUUAGCAGCAUUGAACAAGGCAUGACUGGACUGAAAAUUGGUGGGGAUAUGACAGCUGCUGUGACAAAAACUGUAGGUUCAGCUCUGAGCAGUACAGGUAUGACAAGCAUUGCAGCAAAUAGUGUGCCCCCAGUUAGCAGUUCAGCACCUAAACCAACCUCCUGGGCUGCCAUCGCUAGGAAGCCUGCUAAACCUCAGCCGAAACUCAAGCCUAAGGGUAAUGUGGGAAUUGGGGGCCCUGCUGUACCACCACCUCCUAUAAAACACAACAUGAACAUUGGAACUUGGGAUGAGAAAGGAUCAGUGGUAAAAGCACCCCCUUCCCAGCCAAUACUGCCUCCUCAGACUAUAAUACAGCAGCCUCAGCCAUUAAUUCAACCACCACCAUUGGUGCAAAGCCAACUGCCUCAACAGCAGCCUCAGCCACCACAACCACAGCAGCAACAAGGACCUCAGCAGCAGGCCCAGCCUCACCAGUUGCAGCAGCAACAGCAGCUGCAAAACCGCUGGGUAGCUCCUCGUAACAGGGGCGUGGGCUUCAGCCAGAACAAUGGAGGAGCUGGCAGCGAAAACUUUGGCUUAGGUGUUGUACCUGUCAGCUCUUCACCUGGUGUAGAGGUGCACCCAGUACUGGAGAAACUUAAGGCCAUAAACAACUAUAAUCCCAAAGACUUUGAUUGGAAUCUGAAGAAUGGACGGGUGUUUAUAAUCAAAAGCUAUUCGGAGGAUGAUAUACACCGCUCCAUUAAAUACUCUAUCUGGUGUAGUACUGAACAUGGUAAUAAACGCUUGGAUGCUGCUUACCGUUCCCUGAAUGGGAAAGGUCCACUCUAUUUACUCUUCAGUGUGAAUGGCAGUGGACAUUUUUGUGGAGUGGCUGAGAUGAAGUCUGUUGUGGACUACAAUGCAUAUGCCGGAGUCUGGUCUCAGGAUAAGUGGAAGGGGAAGUUUGAUGUUAAGUGGAUCUUUGUCAAAGACGUUCCCAAUAACCAGCUGCGGCACAUUCGUUUGGAAAACAAUGACAACAAACCGGUUACCAAUUCGAGGGACACUCAAGAGGUACCCCUAGAAAAAGCCAAGCAAGUGCUUAAAAUAAUUGCUACUUUCAAGCAUACCACCUCAAUCUUUGAUGACUUUGCACACUAUGAAAAGCGUCAAGAGGAGGAGGAAGCCAUGCGUAGGGAGAGAAAUAGAAACAAACAAUAACUAUAUGGAGAUGUCCUGCUAGAAUUACAACACUAAUGAUGUAGACUCUGGAAAUGCCUAAUAUGUCUAAGAAGACGUUAUUAAAGCUUUUUUUCUGCUUAAGGUGACAUCUUUGAACACUUUAACACGAAAUUGACUCUUCUUGUAAUGGUUCUCAUCAGUGCAUCUGCCCUUAUACUCUCUCACCAAACACACUUGAGAACUGUAACUUCGUCAAGCACUUUCUGUCCUGAAGCUUUUACCAGUAUCUGCUGUCUUUUGUAUUUAUGCAUCCUAGCUAAGGCACAGGAGACGGAACGAAUGCAAGGAUUCAUUAACUCUUUGAAUUUGUUAAAUACUAACAAUUAACCAUUAGAAGUGAUUCAAUGAUGUGAGAUUCACAUUGCUUCAACUUAUUUUUUCUUUGUUGUAGUUUUUUUUUUAAUUGUCAGUUUUUAGCUAUUCAACAGAUUAAAAGCAAAAUCAUGCCAUAUUUAGUCCUGGAGUAAAACUCAAGUCUAAAUGUUCAUGUGAAAAUUAUUGUAAUAAACUUUUAAUAUGGCAAGGCAACUUUAAGAUGCAGUUUAGCCAAAUGAAACGUAACAUGAAAUUAUAUUAGAAUGACAUUUCCCUUGUUUCAAACUGUUUGGUGUAAGAGAAUAUUAAUAUGCAGCUUGGUGGACAGCACCGGUUAAUGCACACUUCUUUAUUUUUUCUGUAAUAUGUAUACCGAAAAAAGUGCAUUUGUCUGAGGAACUGUUUGUUUGCUACCACUCAAUGAAUCUCAGUUUUGAGUAAAUGUACCUCAGUCUAAAUCAGACUUUUUAUGACCUUUAUAACUACAUUUAAAACCUUUAAUUCCUAUUUCUGGGUGUUUGCAAGCCUGACAGAUUGCUAUCAUGGAAGUGAAAAUUUACUCCUCUAGGUGAUUCACUAGCUAAAUAAACAUAAUUCUUGUUUAGCAAGCAUAUACUGUUUCUCAACUUUUUUCCUCCUAUUAUCACAGUAUUCAAGCAUUCUCUCUAUUCAAAAUACUUUUGGAAAAAGACUGAUCAGUGGAUCAAGUCUGUGUUCACAUCCAUGUGUACCUGUUACUGGCUAAAGCUAUCUAACAAAGUGUUUAAGAUACUGUAUUAAUCUGAAUACUUCUAUGCUAAAUUUUUAAUUUACCGUUUGAAAAUUAUUUUUUACAAUAACCUGUUUCUUAGUAACAUGAAUUUUACCUGAUGGAAGAAUUUGUAUGAU